AUGCGCGUAGUACGAAUAGCCAAUGUGGAGCACGUGCCGCUGGGACCCGCCGAGCCGGUACCCGGCUGGACCGGAGGCGAGGUGCACCGCACCCGUCAGCCGAUCAUUCCCGAGGGGGAGAGUGACUUUUUCAAUGCCAGCGUCGUGAACUUUCAGACGGGAGCCCAGACGGGUUGGCAUCGCCACAGCAGCGACCAGAUACUGGUGAUCACGGUGGGCAACGGCAUCGUGGCCAACGAGACCGAGGAGCAUCACGUGGGCGUCGGCGACGUGGUCCAGGUGAAGGCCGGCGAGAACCACUGGCACGGCGCGUCGGCGAACGGUUACAUGGGGCACAUCACCAUCACCGCUAGUGACAGCACGGCCAGCCGGUAA